AUGGGCUUUUGCGGCGAGUGUGGCUCGUAUCUGGCUCCGGAUUUACAAACGUCCUUCUGUCCUAACUGCAAUGAAGCGAUUCCUGGCGCUGCUCCGGCCCCCAUACGUCAUGUGACGUUCGCAUCGACAGAGGACGUGGAAAGUGCGCGUCAGGCACGUGAACUGGCCGAGCGACGCGUUCAGGAAGCCAAGAAUUACGCCAAUACCAGUCAAAAGGAGGCGUCCAAUGCUAUGACGCAGUACGAGGCGCAACAGCGGGCUCAAGUGGAGGCCCAAGCAGCUCGUGACAAUGAGAUGCGUGCUUUGUCAGCAGAGAAUGAGAGGCGAGCCAUUGAUGCGCAGCGGGAUGAAGCGACGCGACGUCGUGAGGAAGCGGAGCGUCAAGCUCAAGAAGCACGGGAUCGAGCAGAAGCCAUGAGACUGUCGGCUCAGAACGCAAUCUCGGACUAUGAAGCGCAGCAACGAGCGGCUGUGGAGCGUGAAAACGCACGUAUACAACAGGAUCUGGAGUCGCAGAGACAGCAGCAUCUACAGGUGGCACAGGCGGCUCGUGAACGACGAGAAAAUGCCGAACGAAUGGCCAAGGAGAAGCUCGCGAGGGCAGAAAAAUUGCGUGCGGAAGCGCAGGCUGCACAGGAAGAAUUGAAGAAACAAGAAGCGAAACGUGCGGCAAAAGAGAAACAGAAAGUAGAAGCUAGAAGAUUGAGAGAAGAGCUGGCACGACGGGAAGCAAACCGACGUCAGGCAGAGGAAGAAGCACGGAAGGCAUUUGAAGCGAAGCGACAAGAGGAGCAAAUUCGACAGGAAGCUAAAAGACAGGAGGAUCAGCUACGUCAAGAAGCUAUGCGACUAUCGACACUGUCUGUCUCUGCUAGUGCUUCUGCCCCUGCAGCGUCCAGCUCAUGUGUGAGCUGCCGUGCAGCGCUAAAGCCAGCGCAGAAGUUCUGUUUACAGUGUGGAACUAAAGUGGCUGCCGCUGGUUUUGCAUCCAGCAAUAGCUUCACAUCGCCGGCCUCAUCUACUUCCAACAGCAGCUUUUUUCCAGUUCCGCUACCGCGUACGAAUUCAUCUGCAUCCAACUCAUCUACGUCGUCUUCACUUCCUGGUAAUGAGCACAGCUGUUCGUCGUGCCAUUUCACGCUCAAACCGACACAGAAAUUCUGCCCAAAGUGCGGCACGAAGGUGGUUGCAACUGCUUCACCUCCCGUUCCAGUGACAGCCUCAUUACCUGUGUCAUCUACUAGCUCGGCAGCCUCAAGUACUUGCACAAAGUGCAGCCAGUAUCUGAAACCGACCCAGAAAUUUUGUCUGCAUUGUGGAACGAAAGUGAUCGCAACUACGACACCUGCUACCCCAUGUCCGAGUCUCUCAUCGUCGUUAUCAUCAGUGUCGUCGUAUACUUCCGUACCGCUGUCGUCCCCAAUCCAUACGUCGGAAUCUUGGUCAGCGUCCUCCUCCCAGCUCAACACUAAAAAUUGUCCGACUUGCAGCAAGGAAUGUAAGUCUACGGCCAAAUUUUGCAUGGGCUGUGGCUUUAACUUCGCCAAGCGCGACGAAGAAGAAGUUGCACGUAACAUGGAGAUUGCACGUCUGCGUCAACAACGAAUUCGAGACCAAGAGCAGCAGCAGCGUAACCAGGCCUCGCUUAUAGCCAACCAGGCGGCACAAGCUCACCAGCCAUCAUGGUAA